UAAGGAAGCUCAGAAGAUAUUUACUUCUACUGCACCAAUGGAAGUAGCUGAUCUCUGUGCCCCAGAAUUAUUAAACUCAUCUUGUAGGAAAAAAAUACUUCCAUAUUUUGUAAACCUUUUACUUUAUUUUGUAUUUUUCUUCAUGUCUUUUUUCACUGUGACUCUUAACCUUCUUGUCAUCAUCUCCAUUUCACAUUUCAGGCAGCUCCACACCUCAACUAAUCUCCUCCUCCUCUCUCUGGCUCUCUCAGAUUUUUCGGUGGGCUUUUUUAUGUUCUUUCAGCUUUCUGUCACGGAUGGAUGCUGGUAUCUUGGUGACCUCAUGUGUGUUCUUUAUUACGUUUUAAACGGGGUUAUCACCUCUGUUUCAGUAGGAAACAUGGUGCUCAUAUCAAUUGAUCGUUAUGUGGCUAUAUGUGAACCUUUACAUUAUCCCUCUAAAGUCACCCCCAAAAGAGUCCAAAUUUGUGUUUCACUUUGUUGGAUUUGCUCCAUCCUUUAUGUCAUUUUCUUGUUGAGGGACAACUUUAAACAACCAGGAAAGUUUAAUUCCUGCUUUGGUGAGUGUGUUAUUGAUGUUAGCUUUAUUAAUAAUAUCACAGAUUUUAUGCUGACCUUCAUUAUUCCCAUUACAGUUGUUGUGCUGCUGUAUGUGAGGGUUUUUGUUGUGGCUGUGUCUCAGGUUCAGGCCAUGCGCUCUCAUACUGCAGCUGUGCAGCAAAAACAAUCAGGAAAGGUCGCUGCAAGGAGAUCUGAGCUAAAAGCAGCUGGGACUCUGGGAAUUGUUAUACUUGCAUUUCUUUUUUGCCUUUGUCCAUAUUACUGUGUGACACUUAUUGGUCAGAGUUCUCUUCUCAAUUCUUCGUCUAUGGCCUUUUUAUUGAAUCUGUUUUAUUUUAAUUCUUGUCUCAACCCAAUGAUCUAUGCUUUUUUUUAUCCCUGGUUUAGAAAUGCUAUUAAAGUUAUUGUUACCCUUGAAGUUUUGAAGUCUGGCUCAUCUGAUGCCAACAUACUGUAAAGGUUCAUGUAAGAGUAAUUAAAGAGCAAGUCACCCCCAAAUCACAUUUUUUUUUUGCUGAUAAACUAUAUAAAGGAGUGUCUAAUCGUGCUACAGACACGUGUAGUCAAUAAUUUGGCAGU